UUUCCAUCAUUCGCUCUCUCUAUCCUAUAUCCAUCUCUCUUCUCUGCAUCAUACCCAACUUCUCUUCGUCUCUCUAUCAUACCAAUCGUACACCCAACUCACUCCCUUCCAUAUCUCAUCCAUCCGCCCGCUGUUCACACCUGCAACAAACAAACGCACAGCAUAAACACUCGUAAAGCCGUUCGUUCUCGGACUCCUCCCCCCGGAACACACCUCCCCCACGUAUCCCACUUACCGCUUCCAUGAGCACCACCUCCAAGAAACCACCCACCUCGUCGCCGUGCCACUACAAAACCCUCGGCGUGGACAAGAAGGCCUCGUACGAUGAUUUGAGGAAGGCAUACAAGAGGGAAGCACUCAAAUGGCAUCCGGACAAAAACAAAGACGACCCCAAUGCACCGCACCGGUUUCGUCAAGUAGCGGAUGCAUACGCCCUCUUAAGCGAUGAAACCCAACGGAAGAACUACGACAGCACCCUCUCGCAGAAAACCAGCACGAGAACAACCACCUCCCGCCCAGGGUACACGCAGACGACCCAAUCGACCUCGUCGUCAAGCCGCACAUCCCACCACCGCCCGUUCGAUUUCGCCUUCCCGACCUUCGCGACAGACCCGACGGACCCGUUCGGGGACCAUUUCAAGUUCGGGUUGGGUGAGUCGCGGCGUCGGAAUCCUCACCACUAUCAUCAUCGAGGAGGAGGAGGAGGGGCCGCCACGCCGCCGUUCUUUCCCCGCCCGUUCGCAUUCGACGCGGACCCGUUCGCGAUCUUCGACGAGGUGUUCUUCGGGGGUGUGAUGGGCGCGACACGGGAGACCCCCCGCCGCGGCAGCGACCCGCACAUGCACGCGAACGCGGACACGAGCGCGUUCCAUGCCACCGUCGGCGCCCAGCGAUUCCACCACCACCAACAUCAUCAGGAGGAGGAGGGUGACAGAUGGACGCCGGUCGCAUUCCCGCACGACCAUCACCGGUCGACACCCAUCCACGUCUCAUCCACAGACGCACACUUUCGGAACCCCGAUAUCGCGACGGCGCAUUCGGGCGUGUGGGAUGCCCGCGGUCACGGUGUCCCGAGCCCGAGCUCGCCACCCACCGGUGUGAGGCGGAACGACCACGAUGCCGCGGCGGGGCAGCCGGGCGGGAGGAGGGUGAGGAUUCCGAUUCUGUGAGUGGUGGGUGGGGUAUCAGCCCUCCCUACGCGAAGCUCUACGGGCAUUGUGACCGGGAUAGGCUCAACGAUUCCGGGUAUCGGUGGGGUUUACGCGAAGGGCGGGGGGCAUCUUCCCUUUUUCUCGUACGGUUCGGGGAGUGUAUGUAUGAGGGCGUGUAGUGUAGGGUAUGGAAGAAGAUUCGCCGGUUGCUUGAUUUACUUAUCGUCUUUUCAUUGUCUUUUUCUUGCGUUGGGGAGGUGUAUGUGCGUGUUUUGAUACCUACUCACGUCCAAUAAAUGUCUCAGUACGCUGUUCACCGUCUCCCCUUCCCCAUGUAUCUAUCUCUCACCCCCGCGGCACGACGU